GGUUGUAGCUUAGUAAUCAUGGCAGCGGCGGCGGUGGUGCCACUGGCAUACCAGAACAACACAUCGACGUCGCCGGAGUGGUUGAACAAAGGAGACAACGCAUGGCAGAUGAUCUCCGCAACCUUGGUUGGGCUCCAGAGCGUCCCCGGCCUAGUCAUCCUCUACGGAAGCAUUGUGAAGAAAAAAUGGGCCGUCAACUCCGCCUUCAUGGCGCUCUACGCCUUCGCCGCCGUCAUCAUCUGCUGGGUCACCUGGGCAUAUAAGAUGUCCUUUGGCGAGAAGCUCCUCCCGUUCUGGGGCAGAGCCGGCCCGGCUCUCGGCCAGAAGUUCCUCAUCAAGCAGGCGGCGCUUCCCGCCACCGUCCACUAUUUCAGCAACGGCGACCUUGAGACCGCCGAGGCCACGCCGCUCUACCCCAUGGCAUCCAUGGUGUGGUUCCAGUGCGUGUUCGCAGCGAUCACGCUGAUACUCCUGGCGGGGUCGCUGCUGGGGAGGAUGAACAUAAAGGCGUGGAUGAUGUUUGUGCCGUUAUGGCUAACCUUCUCCUACACGGUGGGGGCGUUCAGCCUGUGGGGCGGCGGCUUUCUCUUUCACUGGGGCGUUAUUGACUAUUCCGGCGGUUACGUCAUCCAUCUCUCUUCCGGCAUAGCCGGCAUCACAGCCGCUUACUGGGUGGGGCCAAGAUCGAAGAACGACAGGGAGAGGUUUCCACCAAACAACGUGCUGUUGAUGUUGGCCGGUGCAGGGCUGCUAUGGAUGGGGUGGGCCGGCUUCAACGGCGGCGACCCUUACAGUGCAAACAUCGACUCCUCCAUGGCUGUCCUCAACACCAACAUCUGCGCCGCCACCAGCCUCCUUGUCUGGACUUGUCUCGACGUCAUUUUCUUCAACAAGCCAUCCGUCAUCGGAGCCGUUCAGGGAAUGAUCACUGGCCUUGUUUGCAUCACUCCUGGUGCAGGUUUGGUACAAGGAUGGGCAGCCAUACUGAUGGGAAUUCUCUCUGGAAGCAUACCCUGGUUCACGAUGAUGAUCAUCCACAAGCGAUGGACCUUACUCCAAAAAAUCGACGACACGCUGGGCGUGUUCCACACCCACGCCGUCGCCGGCCUACUGGGCGGCUGUCUCACAGGCCUAUUUGCCGAGCCGGUUCUCUGCAAUCUCUUCCUCCCGGUCACAAACUCGCGAGGCGGCUUCUACCGCGGCUCCGGCGGGGUCCAGUUCCUGAAACAAAUAGUGGGCGGCGGUUUCGUCAUCGGCUGGAACAUCGUGGUCACCUCCAUCAUAUGCGUGGUGAUAAGUCUGAUAAUUCCCCUGAGGAUGUCGGAAGAGCAACUGAAGAUCGGAGACGACGCCGUCCACGGGGAGGAGGCGUAUGCUUUGUGGGGUGACGGAGAGGUUUACGACGCGACCAGGCAUGGAUACUCGCCGGAUUACGAGGCUACGCAAUUCGGGAAGACUGCCAUUGGGGCAACUCAAGUGGUGUGAAAUUAAAUUAAAAUGCCUUCAAAUUUACGGAAGCUGUAUAUAUAUAGUUAUAGUUGUUUAUGGAUCGGACUAUUAUGAUUAAGCUUGAAUUCAUCCCUGUUCAAUUUGCAUUAAUAUAUGUAAUUUUAUUGUAUUUCUGUUUUUCUUUUUCUAACUUAUAAUUCAAGAAAUAUUGUAUCUUGUUUACUAAAA